AUGGAUGUUGUAGAAUGUACUAAACUUCAUUUUAAAUCACCAGUCAAUGAUAUAACAGAUUUUAAAUUAACAGGAACAUUUGAUAAUGGAUUCAAAGUAUUCCCAAUGAUAAAUAUCGAACCUCUAGAAUACAUUCACAGUUUCACCAAUGGAAAUACAAUUUCAUCAAACAAAUCCAAUUCAUAUCAAUUUAUUGGUGUAUCAAUGAUUGCUCCUCAAUGGAAUAAUAUGGAUGGUCAAUAA